UGGGUGCCGGGGUCGGGGUACUGCGGGCUGCCCCGGGGUCCCUCGGUCCUCCCCCGGCCCGCGCCAUGGGGGAGCCACGGUACCUACAGGUGGACGUCACCUUCCGCCAUGGGGUCCACGCCAUCCGACUGAUGCGUGCCCCCUCCAAGCUGGAGGUGGAGGUGGAGGCUCACCUCACCGCCGACACAUGGAGGGGGGAGUUCGACGCCGACUUCAUCGAGGAUUUGACCCGCAAAACAGGGAAUUUUAAGCAAUUUGGUAUUUUUUGUGACAUGCUGGAGUCGGCGUUGACGCAGAGCAGCAGAUUCGUCACCCUGGAGCUCCUCACUUACGCCGACCUGGAGACCCUCCGCAGCCAGAGAAUGGGGGCAAUUUCCCGGCCUCCGCUUUCCUCAGCGUCCCACCUCAAUGCCAAGCGUUAUCUCAUCCUUGUCUACUCCGUUGAGUUCGACAGGAUCCACUACCCGCUGCCGCUGCCCUACGCCGGGAAGCUGGAUCCUGCCGCGCUGCACCGGCUCGUCUGCGACCUGAGGGAGGAACUGGCUCAGCUCCGUGCUCAGCGCAAGGACAGUCACCGGGACACCGAGAUCCGGCGUUUGCAGGAUGAGCUGCAGCGGGCGCUGGAGGAGAAGCAGGCACAGGCGGCAGCGCUGCGGCACGCCGAGGAGAAGCUGACGAGGGAGAAGGCCCGGCACUGGCGUGAGCACCGGAAGCUGACCGCCGAGCUGGCAGAGGUGACGUCGUCGGAGCAGAGGCUGCAACUGCAAGUGAAGAGCCUAAUGGCCGAGCUGGCCUCAUACAAGAGGGGCCGCCGGACUCCCGCUGGCGCAGGCCCCCACGCCCAGGAGCGACGCUCUCUGUCCAACACCCGGCUGCCCCCGUCCCGCUCGGCAUCCCGGGAGAGCCGCAGUUGCAGCCAGGGCCGCCCCCAGCCGCGGUCCCCCUCACCCGCAGGUCCCCGCCCGCCACGCUUCGACCCCACCGCCUUCGUCAGGGCCCGGCAGCGCCGGCAGAAGGAGGCCGAGCGCAAAAACCAGCGGAGCAGGGCGGCUUUCGGCAGCACCAGCCUGGCGAGGAGUUCCUCGGCCGAAAGCUUCCGGAGCUGGCGCUCGGCGGUGAGCUCUGGCAGCGAAGCUGAUGAGCGCUCUGAGCUGCUGCCCCCCAGGGGCAGGAGCAUGACCCGCACCCGGAGACUCCUGAGCGCCCCAUCCUGUAACAGCCCCGACAAGGCCCGUCGCCCAGCUGCUGGCCGCAAGCUGUCCGCAGGCAGCGCUGCUGCCAAGCGCGCCAGUAAAGAGAACCACCACGAGGAGCCCACGGCCCAGCUGUCUGAGAUUGACACCCGGCUGCAGGCACUGCAGGCGUACAUGGACAGACUGGCCACCCACAUGUGACCCCCAGACCCCCCCGGGGGCCCCCAACCCAACCCACAAAGCCCUCCGUGGGGACACCCCCCCCCCCAUCGUCGUCCCCUCCCUCCCCCCAGGGCGUGGCAGCGCUGGCGUGAGGCAAGUGUCCCCCCAAAAUAAAGUCUUGUGUGUCCCCA